AGACAACAAACAAACCGCAACAGGCAAAAGUCUCUUCAAUAAGCGUCAACCGGCAACAUCAGUCAAAAACAACUCAAACCAAUUUCCCAAAUUUCUCUUCAAUUCUCCUACAAAACCCUCAAAUCUCUCUGUUUCUCUUCAAUCCACUGAAAUCAAAAUUUUGUUGUUCUUUUUCUUUUUGGAGUAAAAAUGGGGUUGCCAAUUCAUCCAGUUAUUGCAGGAGCAGCAUCGAUGGAUACUUUGAGCUCCAAAGCAGCUUCAAUGCGAGAAUCACUUCAAAAAAGCCAGACCAUCACUGAUAAUAUCGUUUCCAUUCUGGGCUCCUUUGAUCACCGUCUCUCCGCCCUCGAAACGGCCAUGCGUCCAACCCAGAUUCGGACUCAUUCGAUUCGGAGAGCUACUGAAAAUAUUGAUCGGACAUUGAAGUCUGCUGAAGUGGUUUUGUCCCAAUUUGACCUUAGUCGCCAGGCUGAGGCCAAAGUACUAAAAGGGCCACAUGAAGAUUUGGAAAGUUAUUUGGAAGCAAUUGACCAGCUUAGAAGCAUCAUUCGGUAUUUUGGUAGUUGUAAAGGGUUUAGGAAUAAUGAAGGGGUGGUCACCCAUGUAAACAGUUUACUAGCUAAGGCAGUUCUUAAGCUGGAGGAGGAGUUCAAGCAACUGCUAGCAUCAUACAGUAAGCCUGUUGAACCCGAUCGCCUUUUUGAAUGUCUCCCCAACUCGAUGCGACCUUCAUCUGGUUCACAUGGUGAUCAGGCUGAUCCGGGUGCCAAGAACCAUGGUGAUUCUAAACCCUCAGAGAAUGCUGUCUACACCCCUCCAGCUCUUAUACCUCCUCGUAUACUUCCUUUGCUGCAUAAUUUAGCUCAGCAAAUGGUCGAGGCAGGGAAUCAUCAACAAGUCAACAAAAUUUACAGGGAUACCCGUGCUUCAGUCUUAGAGCAAAGCUUGCGCAAAUUAGGCGUGGAAAAGCUUAGCAAGGAAGAUGUUCAGAAAAUGCAGUGGGAGGUUUUGGAGGCUAAGAUUGGGAAUUGGAUUCAUUUUAUGCGGAUUGCUGUUAAACUACUUUUUGCUGGUGAGAGAAAAGUUUGUGAUCAGAUGUUUGAAGGCAUUGAUUCCAUGAGGGAUCAAUGUUUUGCUGAUGUUACUGCAAGCAGUGUUGAACUAUUACUUAGCUUUGGAGAUGCUAUAGCGAAGAGCAAGAGGUCCCCAGAAAAGCUCUUUGUGCUACUUGACAUGUAUGAAAUAAUGCGUGAACUGCAUUCUGAGAUCGAAUUGCUUUUCAGUGGUAAGGUUUGUGCAGAAAUGCGAGAAGCUGCGUUUGGUCUGACAAAGCGCCUUGCACAGACUGCCCAAGAAACUUUUGGUGAUUUUGAAGAAGCUGUUGAAAAGGAUGCAACAAAAACUGCUGUUUCUGAUGGAACUGUCCACCCUUUGACAAGCUAUGUGAUCAAUUAUGUGAAAUUUCUGUUCGACUACCAAUCAACCUUGAAGCAACUCUUCCAGGAGUUUGAGCAGGCAGAAGAUUCAAACUCUCAGCUCGCCAAAGUUACUAUGCGGAUAAUGCAGGCUCUCCAAACCAAUCUUGAUGGGAAGUCCAAGCAAUAUAAAGAUCCUGCUUUGACUCACUUGUUUCUGAUGAACAAUAUUCACUACAUUGUAAGAUCUGUUCGCAGAUCUGAGGCAAAAGAUUUAUUAGGUGAUGAUUGGGUGCAAAGGCAUAGAAGAGUUGUUCAGCAGCAUGCAAAUCAAUAUAAAAGGAUUGCAUGGGCUAAGAUUCUGCAAUCUCUCUCCACACAGGGCUUGACCUCUUCUGGAGGAGGCGGAAGUGGAGUUGCAGUUGAUGGGGGAAAUAGUAGUGGAGUAUCAAGAGCGUUAAUUAAGGACAGGUUGAAAACGUUCAAUGUGCAAUUUGAGGAGCUCCAUCAAAGACAAUCACAGUGGACAGUGCCUGAUACUGAGUUGCGUGAAUCGCUGAGACUUGCAGUUGCUGAAGUCCUGCUUCCUGCAUACCGAUCGUUCGUCAAACGUUUUGGGCCUUUGGUUGAGAGCGGGAAGAAUCCUUCAAAAUACAUCAGAUAUACACCAGAAGACUUGGAAAGGAUGUUGGGUGAGUUCUUUGAGGGUAAGACGUUAAAUGAGCCAAAGAGGUAGAGUUAUGUAAAGAGAUCUCUAUAUAUGAGGCCUUCUGUUUCCUUGUAAAGUUUCCAGAGGAAGAGCUGAACAUACAAAUAACGUUUGAUUGUAUAAACUUCUUAAGAUAUUGAUGGAUGUAUAUUUUUUCUCC